AUGGGGAUGUACGCCCCGUCAGGGCCAAAGUUGAGCAAGUUUGUGUCGUGGAUGAGGUCCAUGAUGGAGAUGCCUGGGGGCUUGCUCUUGCUCCUAAUUUUGCAGUUUGGUACAUGGAACAACUCAGCUCACAGCACAGGAGUCGAGGGACAGGUCCGCCUGGCCAAUGAAGGAAACAGCUCCUGCUCUGGCAGAGUAGAGAUCUUCCUCCGUGGACAGUGGGGGACGGUGUGUGAUGACAACUGGGACCUGGUUGAUGCUCAGGUGGUGUGCAGACAGCUGGGUUGUGGCAGGGUCCUGUCAGCACCACAACUUGCACGUUUUGGACAGGGCAGUGGACCCAUCUGGUUAGACGAUGUUGUUUGCUCCGGCAGCGAAUCAAAGCUGACCCAGUGCCGGCACCGAGGGAUUGGAUCUCACAACUGUGGUCACAGUGAGGAUGCUGGUGUCGUCUGUGAAGGACCAAACUCCACAGUUUCACCAACCACACCUGAUCCAGGUUCUCAGGUGCUCACAUCUGGCACCCCUGGAACAACAGCAGUGGACAACAGCAGAGGAGUCGUGGGACAGGUCCGUCUGGCCAAUGGAGGAAACAGCUCCUGCUCUGGCAGAGUAGAGAUCUUCCUCCGUGGACAGUGGGGGACGGUGUGUGAUGACAACUGGGACCUGGUUGAUGCUCAGGUGGUGUGCGGACAGCUGGGUUGUGGCAGGGUCCUGUCAGCACCACAACAAGCACGUUUUGGACAGGGCAGUGGACCCAUCUGGUUAGACGAUGUUGUUUGCUCCGGCAGCGAAUCAAAGCUGACCCAGUGCCGGCACCGAGGGAUAGGAUCUCACAACUGUGGUCACAGUGAGGAUGCUGGUGUCGUCUGUGAAGGAGUCGUGGGACAGGUCCGUCUGGCCAAUGGAGGAAACAGCUCCUGCUCUGGCAGAGUAGAGAUCUUCCUCCGUGGACAGUGGGGGACGGUGUGUGAUGACAACUGGGACCUGGUUGAUGCUCAGGUGGUGUGCGGACAGCUGGGUUGUGGCAGGGUCCUGUCAGCACCACAACGUGCACGUUUUGGACAGGGCAGUGGACCCAUCUGGUUAGACGAUGUUGUUUGCUCCGGCAGCGACUCAAAGCUGACCCAGUGCCGGCACCGAGGGAUUGGAUCUCACAACUGUGGUCACAGUGAGGAUGCUGGUGUCGUCUGUGAAGCUCACAGCACAGGAGUCGAGGGACAGGUCCGCCUGGCCAAUGGAGGAAACAGCUCCUGCUCUGGCAGAGUAGAGAUCUUCCUUCGUGGACAGUGGGGGACGGUGUGUGAUGACAACUGGGACCUGGUUGAUGCUCAGGUGGUGUGCAGACAGCUGGGUUGUGGCAGGGUCCUGUCAGCACCACAACGUGCACGUUUUGGACAGGGCAGUGGACCCAUCUGGUUAGACGAUGUUGUUUGCUCCGGCAGCGAAUCAAAGCUGACCCAGUGCCGGCACCGAGGGAUUGGAUCUCACAACUGUGGUCACAGUGAGGAUGCUGGUGUCGUCUGUGAAGUGGACAACAGCAGAGGAGUCGUGGGACAGGUCCGUCUGGCCAAUGGAGGAAACAGCUCCUGCUCUGGCAGAGUAGAGAUCUUCCUCCGUGGACAGUGGGGGACGGUGUGUGAUGACAACUGGGACCUGGUUGAUGCUCAGGUGGUGUGCAGACAGCUGGGUUGUGGCAGGGUCCUGUCAGCACCACAACGUGCCCGUUUUGGACAGGGCAGUGGACCCAUCUGGUUAGACGAUGUUGUUUGCUCCGGCAACAAAUCAAAGCUGACCCAGUGCCGGCACGGAGGGAUUGGAUCUCACAACUGUGGUCACAAUGAGGAUGCUGGUGUCGUCUGUGAAGGUAAAUGCUUUUUUCCUCCUCAGCUCGUCUGUGGACGUGAUAAAAUCCAAAUAGGGCUAAAUAUGGCUGCCAUAACAGCCAUGGGUUUGAACCCACUCUCCGGAAACCUGGCAGUUCGCAACUGCUCCUGGGUCAGAAUGCAUAAUGAUGUAGUUUGGUACGAGGUGGACGCUCAGGCAGGUGCAUGUGGAAACACACUGAGGACCAACCGUACACACGCCAUCUACUCCAACAGUUUAUAUCUCUACCGAGGAAAUGUGUCCUUCUCACGUCCUGUGAGUCUUCCCUUCUCCUGUGCGUAUCCCCUCGACACAGACGUCAGCAUGAAUGUGGCAGUCAGACCAGCUUAUAUUUUUGACAGGUCUGCAGUUGGCCUCUCAGGCUUAGGUAGCAAAGCUCGAGCCUCCAUGUCUCUGUUCCGCACCUCCAGCUUCACUCAGCCUUAUCCACCUGGUUUGAUCACGCUCCCUGUGGGCUCACCUCUGCAUGUGGGCGUCUCUGUAUUACUCAGAGACCCAAGCUUUGUAGUUGUCCUGGAGAACUGCUACGCCUCUAACUCAUCAAACUCCAAUGAUACCGCGCAAUACUUUUUCAUCCAGAACAAGUGCCCCACUGACCGACAGCAAGUGGCAGUGAUCGAGAGCGGCUCAUCCCGACAGGCUCAUUUCUCCGUCCUGUUUCUCCUGAUCCACGGUGAAAACAGUGACAUUUACCUCCACUGCAGCCUCAGCCUGUGUGACCAGAGGAGCUCCCGCUGUGUCCCAACUUGCAGAAGAAGGACAUCUCGCUCUGUUUCCAGCUCUGCUCCUCUGAAGCCCCUCACCAUUGGACCAAUCACUUGGGACAAGUUACCUGAGUGA